AUGAAUUUGGAUAUACUACCAUGGUAGCUUUGGAUGGGGAAGUCACGAGAAAGGUACGCAACUAGGAAUGUAAUGCUUGAGUGUUAAUCUUGUACGUGUGUAAAAUGCACCCUAGGGAUGCAUGUAAUCAAACAUGUAUAUCGCAGGAUAUCUUCCGCCGAGUCUGAUGAAAGAUGUACAGUAUAUCAAUCAUUGAUGGACAAGACCAUCGAUGACACAGCCCAUCAGAGCUUUCUAUUAUACUUGCUAUCAAGACGCUAGUUUUCAGGCUCAAACAGGUCAUAGGAUCUCAUGGUCGCAGUAUUUUUGGGUUGACGGCAUUGUUAAUUUGUCUCUUCAGCAGUGGUAUAUAAGGAUGCUCGCUUCGUCCCUUACAUCCCAGUUACCUAGCACCUGUCAUUUUGAACUCUGAGUUCUAGCUUGAUUUCACAAUGGGUGGUCUCCGCCCCGAGUCAGUUCAAUUCAAAAUCGAACCAGAGCUUAUUCCUGGGGAAAACAUCACAAGAGAUAGCAGCUGUCCUACCUGUAGAGGGGGGCUCGGUGACAUCUGGAAAUGUUCAAUGACUACACCAUCUGGAACCCAACGCGACGUUGCUGUCAAAUCUAUUAGGGUCCCUGGGUUAACAGAUGCGACGAUAUUGAAAGCGAUAGGCAAGAAAAUUCGUCGUGAGGCCUAUGUUUGGAUGCAGUUGGAACACGACCACAUUCUCCCUCUCGAGGGCGUGACUUUCGCUGAAGAAUUCGGGCUACUUCCAGCAUUAGUGUCUCCAUGGAUGGAAGAAGGAUCGCUGGACGAUUACUUGAAGCACAAGUUUUCGGAAUUGUCUGACUCUGAAAAACAAGAGCUUGUAUGGCAGGUAACUGCUGGUAUUAGUUACCUGCAUGGCAAGGGUAUCGUGCACGGCGACUUGACAGCGACCAACGUUUUGGUUGACAGCACCGGUCGCCUCCGUCUCGCAGACUUUGGUCUAUCAAUGAUCCUUGCCGAGGCAGAAAACGCCACCUUCAAUUCCUGUCGUCCAGGAAACGCACGUUGGAUGCCCCCCGAGGCUCUCCGAAGCGGAGAUGAAGACGAAGACGAAGCUAAAGACGAGAAGCCAACUAAAGCUUGGGAUGUCUAUUCGUAUGGUUGUAUAGUAUUUCAGAUCUUUUCUGGGAAUAAGCCCUACGCAUGGAUAACAAGUGUUUCACAUGUUACGGGCGCGAUAUACAAGGGACGUGCCCCUUUCAAGGACAUAGAGAGCCAUGCAGUGUAUCAACAAUUCUCACCGUGCUUGCAUAAGAUGUCAGCCAAUCGCCCGACGAUGGACGAUGUCAUGAGACGUCUGGGGUCACGGUAAGCGCUGUCAUGUAGUGAGAUCUCAUGAUAGUGCGUACCAAUU